AUGAGUAGUUCAAUAUACACAAACAUAUCUGGCCGCUCUGGGAGUGAAUCACAUAGGAGUGGAUCACAUAAGAGUGGUGCACAUGUUCAAGUCAGUAUGCGCCUGGUCAAAGAUCAAUUGGAGGAGAUCAUCAUCUGGAACCGUCUCCCUCGGGACCCGUCGACCUUAGGUGUCCUUGGCAGCACAUGGCACCCAAGGUCAAGACCACACUCCUUGGGUGUUGGCUGUUUCCAAGACGAGCUUGCCAACUUCUCUCCCAACGCCAUUCUAUCAGAGCAUGCGUCAAAUAGUAGGACAAUCCGUAAUAUGCUACAUGCCGCAGCUGCCAUGUGGGCAAAAUCACUAGCUCACACUUGGAAUGAGAUCCGAUGUGUGGUACAAGACACUCACAAUUCAAGAUUCGAGUGGAUGAAAGUUGAAAGUUAUCCUGAUGUCACAAACUCCAGUGAGAGGAUUUGA